UGUUAUUAAAUACAGAGAAAUACGUGAGGUGUUGGCAACAUAGCAUAUAAUAAACUGUCAGGUUAAGGUAGGAAUCUAUGUUACCGACACAAGUUAACAUAACACCGGUCAAAAACUCCCUAAUUCUUUCUUUUGGUGCGAAACGUCGCUAAAAUGUCUCUCGUGAUACCAGAGAAGUUCCAACACAUCCUUCGUAUCUUGGGUACGAACAUCGAUGGUAAACGUAAGGUAAUGUUUGCCCUUACUGCCAUCAAGGGAGUAGGUAGACGUUACGCCAACAUCGUCUUGAAGAAGGCCGAUGUUGACUUAGACAAGAGGGCUGGAGAAUGCUCCGAGGAGGAAGUCGAAAAAAUCAUUACCAUCAUGUCGAACCCAAGGCAAUACAAAAUCCCUGACUGGUUCCUCAACAGACAGAAGGAUAUCAUUGACGGAAAAUACAACCAAUUGACCUCCUCAUCUUUGGACUCAAAACUUCGUGAAGAUUUGGAACGCAUGAAGAAGAUCAGGUCUCACAGAGGUCUGCGUCACUACUGGGGUCUCCGUGUGCGUGGUCAACACACCAAAACUACCGGACGUCGUGGACGUACUGUCGGUGUGUCCAAGAAGAAGUAAUCUGCUACUUCUUAUAUUUUAUAUUUAAGACAAUAUAAAAGUUUUCAAAAG